UUCAUUUCUGGUCUGGGGGUCUUGCAUUCUGAACCAAUCCAGCUCAAGUCAAAGCCACACUCUCUCCGCCUCGUCUCCCUCCGCUUCAUCCACAAAGAGCACAAUUUUCGCAAAGCCAUGGCCACCCCCACCCCCACCGCCUACCUCUCCUUCUCUCCGCUUCGCCAUCCUCUUUCUUCCCCCCGCCUUCUUCAGCUUCCUCGUCUCCCUAAGCUCCGACCCCCCACUCCGGGGCGGCUCGCCUUCAGGACGCGUGCCAUGGGAAAGGACUUGCUGGGCGAUUUCGGGGCGAGGGACCCUUUCCCGGCGGAGCUGGAGAGCAAGUUCGGAGACAAGGUGCUGGGUAACGUCGACACCGAGCACAGGAUCUUGAUCCCCGUCGCCUCCGCUCUCUCUCUCGCCGAGCAGGAUUGUUCCCCUGUUUCCCAUGUCCAGCAACCCAUGUCCCUCGACGACGCUCAGAAGCUCCUCAAGAAGGUUGUCGGGUGGAGACUGUUGGAAGAAGAAAGUGGGCUUAAACUGCAGUGCUUGUGGAAGCUGAGGGAUUUCAAGUGUGGGGUCGAGCUGAUUAACCGGAUUUAUAACGUGGUCGAACCCACUGCUCACUUCCCAAGUUUGUACUUGGAGCCACCCAAUCAAGUUAGAGCUGAAUUGUGGACUUCUUCCGUUGGGGGCUUGAGCAUGAAUGAUUUCAUCAUAGCUGCAAAAAUUGACAGGAUCAAAACAUCAGAUCUGGCACCUAAGAAGAGAGUAUGGGCAUAAGUCGAGAUUUUUUUGUGUUGUAGGAGAAGCGAAAUGCUCAAGAUAAAAGUUUUGCGCCAUCCAGUUGAUGAGGGACAGUUCUCCAUUGUAAAUUGAUUCAUAGACUGCUGGUCCAUUCAAUGCUUAAUCAGCAGAUAGACAUUGUCAUUCACGACUAUCAUUCUUAGAUUGGUAGAAACAUUGACAAACUUAUUUUCCUUUUGAAUGUCUAUUCUUAACAGUGUUUAUUUUUCCUUC